AUGAGUAUCGUUCAAAAGAUUAAAGAAAUUGAAGAUGAGAUGGCAAGAACUCAAAAGAAUAAGGCAACUAGUUUUCAUUUGGGUGUGUUGAAAGCCAAGCUUGCAAAAUAUAAGAGAGAAUUACUUUUGGGACCAUCAAAAGGACCAGCUGGAGCAGGUGAAGGUUUUGAUGUAUCUAAAGCAGGUGAUGCACGUGUUGGUUUGAUUGGAUUUCCUUCAGUAGGAAAGAGUACUCUUUUGACCAAGUUGACUGGUACACGAUCAGAAGUAGCUUCAUACGAAUUCACAACACUCACUUGUAUUCCAGGUGUAAUUCAAUAUAAUGGUGCCAAGAUUCAAUUGCUCGAUCUUCCAGGUAUCAUUGAAGGUGCCAAGGAUGGUAAGGGUAGAGGUCGUCAAGUAAUUGCUGUUGGUCGUACAUGUAAUCUCAUUCUUAUUGUACUCGAUGCAAUGAAACCAUUGGUACACAAAAAGAUCAUUGAAAGAGAGUUGGAAGGUUUUGGUAUUCGUCUCAAUCGUCAACCACCAAGUAUUGCAUUCAAGAGAAAGGAAAAGGGUGGUAUCAACUUUACAUAUACCGUACCACCAACUCAUCUCGAUGCUGACCUUGUCAAGGCUAUCUGUUCUGAAUACAAGAUUCAUAACGCCGAUAUCAUCUUGAGAUGUGAUGCCACCGCCGAUGAUCUCAUCGAUGUCAUUGAAGGAAAUAGAAUCUAUCUUCCUUGCAUCUAUGUCUUGAACAAGAUUGAUGCCAUCUCUAUCGAAGAAUUGGACUUGUUGGACAAGAUCCCUCAUUAUGUACCAAUUUCUAGUCAUUUGGAAUGGAAUCUUGAUGCUCUAUUGGAUAAAAUUUGGGAAUAUUUGAAUUUAAUUAGAUUGUAUACCAAACCAAAGGGACAAAUUCCAGAUUAUUCUUCACCUGUCGUCAUUAGAGGAGGUGAUUCAUCUUCUGUUGAAAACUUUUGUAAUCUCAUUCACAAGUCUAUCAUGAGACAAUUUAAAUACGCUAUGGUUUGGGGUUCUUCAGUUAAACAUAACCCACAAAGAGUAGGAAAGGAUCAUGUUUUGGCCGAUGAAGAUAUUAUUCAAGUUGUCAAGAAAUAA